AUGCUUGGGGAUAUAGGGCUUUUUCGUUUGUAGGGUUCUUCGGGGCACUUGUAGCGAAGGAAUGGCGAUGUGGAGGGGAGGGAUUCUCCGAGCUGCGUCUCGGCUCCAUCCGCCGGUGAGGUCUGGAUUCGAGGGCGUGUCAUGCCGAGCGUUUGCCGAGCAGGCAGAGGAGGAGCCAAAAGAUAUUGUCAAGGAGAAAUUCAUCGAGAAGCUGGAGCUUUUGUUCAACUUGACUAGGGAGUUUAGAAAGUUCCGGAUUGUCAUCGACCCUGAUGAUCCCAAGGUUGUCAAGGAGCUCUCGGAUAACAUCUUGCAAGCCCGAUCGAACGUUGGCUUGCCUCCUCCAGAAGUGCAGCUACAAAAUAUGAUGGAAGGAUUGGCGCAGCGAUCCAAGUCUGUGCGCCAGUUUUACGAGAAGCUUGGCCGCUUUCAAGCCUCCAAAGGCAUGGAAGACGUCGAGGGCAACAAGGCAAUGAUGGAAGUGAUCGACGCAGUAGAGAGUAAAAUCGGUAAGCCGCUCACUCGAGAUGACAAGGAAGGCAUGAAGCUGUUUGAGGAACAAAGCGCUGCUGCGUUGAAGAGGCUUGACACCGAUCCAGAGAAAUUCGACGAGUACAUGGAGCAGCGAAAUCUCGACAAGGCCAAGUUGCUGCUGCUGACAAUGAAGAAAGGAGCGUCAGAGACAAUCGAUAGAUUCAUGAAGGACAAAACCGACUUUGAGCUCAACUAUAAAGAGCUCGAUGCCCGGACCUUCCUCCGCUUGCCUGGAGAGGGCUUCCAAAAGCCAGCAGCGUGAAAACACCAGUAUCGAAGAUUUCAAAAGAGAGAGGCAAAGAACCUGAAUAACCAAUUUUGGACUGAAGCUUUGGAAAAUCUCUGUAUUCUUUUCUUUCGUUGUCCUGAUAAUGUUGAUAAUCUGGAUGGAUGCUCGGCCUGGGCUCAGCACAACAAAAGCAAAA